ACGCCAUAUAACCAACCACGCCGGCCCACAGCCGGAUCUCGCAAACCUGACGACACAUCAACCUGCCUCGCCUCAUUUUUCCCGUCCGGUUCUUGUUCUACUUUCUUUUCCAGUUCUGUCUCGUCUUUCCAUCGUCUGUCCUGGUAUUGACUGAUAGAAUCCGCUGUGGCCCCAUGUAGCUGUCCCCGCGGACCAAAGACCGACCUCGCAAUUCGCAAACACGACGUAUUCGGACUGACGCAUAGUGGUCACUAUUGAACAGCUCGCAUAGCCGCAUCUCACAAGUCGCCUCUUUUCUCAGGCCCAUUACAACCGGCAUCCUUUAUUCGGAAUCGGCAGGCCCUCACAGGCGAAUACUCCAUUGACGAGCCCUCGGAAAACAGAUUGGGUAGGCUGCUACCAUAGCCAACAGUAACUGGAAAGUGGAAAAUCACCGAGUGGUUCGACUGAGCUGCACCAUCAGCGGGGUCCGAAUACAAGCCCGUCAUCAACUCGGCUCUCACUUUGGCGAGGUGCCUAGCACUUGCGACGAGUACGACGCUUCAGUGCUAGGUGCCUUGCCCGAACCGCACCCGCAUCUGCACCCGCAAUCCGCAUUGGCAUUGGAAUUCCGUCGUCGCAUUAUCUGACUGCAUUACCUACCUGCCCGGUUGGUAAGUCAACUUCCUUGGUGAAGGUACUUUGUCCCGUCCAAAGUGAAGUGCUCAACAGAGGCUGGCAGGUUCCCGCGGGUCGUUCUGCAGCAGUGCAGCCUAAACUCAAGGCAGCUGCAGGUUACAAGAGACGGAAGAGACGGGAAAGAGACAUCUCUCCAGUUCUGACCAGUUCUGGGCCAUCUGGACCUUGUUCUGGUUGCGUGCUGUGACCGGAGUGCAUCCGUCCGGUGAGACAAGGUGACAGGCCCGCACAGGCACAGAAGUCAGCUGUCCGACCUUGCCCGUCCAGUAAAGCUGCGCCCACACCUGCGGCCUACCCGUGUCAGCCGCCAUGGUUCCAAGACAAGAGCAACACGCUCGACCACCACCUGCACCACGCUUAUGGUCGCGUCUUUCAACUUUGUCAAAACGCUCUUUUCGCUCCUUCACCUCCGACUUCGAGGCCGAUGACGAGCGUUCCGAUACAGAUUCCGACUUCGACAGAAUGAGCGGCAGCAGUAGUGAUGGUUUCCUUCACGGCCCAGGUCGUUACAAAGGCGAAGACACUCGGCCCACGAGCCAGAAGGAGCUGUCUGGUUGGUAUGCAUACGCCUUUGCUGCCGAAACCUAUGUCAUAUGUGGUGAGUGUCCAGCCCAUGGAUCUGGAUGUGUGCGCAUGCGCUGACUGAGAAUAGCUAUCGGUAAGUUGUCACAGUCUGUCACUCCGUCUUCGAGCAGUGACAUUCGUCGCGAGACAGUGAUCAAGCUGUGGAGCCUGGACAGCUCGAGAUGCUGGAGCUACAGCAUUGCCGUGCACCCCGCCCCGAACUCGUUGCGCUGACACCACACGAUGCCCAGGUUCCUUCAUCCCGAUCCUCCUCGAGACCCUCGCCCGCGAAAAUGGCGUCCUAUUGUCUGAUCGAACGACCCCGUGUGGUACGAGCGACUCGAAAAACAAAACUGAUGGACAAUGCGUCGUGUAUCCUCUGGGUAUCGAGAUCAACACGGCGAGUUUCGCCAUGUACACCUUCUCCAUAAGCGUCCUGCUGCAGGUUCUCCUCGUCGUGAGCGUCAGCAGUGCCGCAGAUCACGGCAACUCGAGAAAGAAGCUUUUGCUCACCUUCGCCUGGGUUGGAAGUUUCUCCGUCAUGGCCUACAUCUUUGUCAACAAAACCACCUAUCUCCUGGGUGCUCUGCUGGCUAUCGUUUCGAACACAUGUUUUGGCGCCUCAUUCGUGCUCCUCAACUCAUUUCUGCCGCUAUUGGUCCGGCAUCAUCCGGAAGUGAUUGCCUCCGAGACUGUUCACACUCCCGACUUGGGACAUUCGAACCUGGAAUCGCGACCGCUCAAUGGUUCCCACGUUGACGAAGAUCCCGCCAGUGCCGAGGUUGAGGACCAACAUUCGCCCCUACUCAGUGGGCAUGGGAACGGAAACGGAGGCUACCCGCUAGUUCGGAAAGCUACUCACGAGGAGCUCACUUCCGUCGAGCUCCAGCUGUCCACUCAGAUUUCCGCCAAGGGGAUUGGCAUUGGCUACAUUGCCGGCCUAUUCGUACAGUGUGUCGCCAUCGCCAUAGUGAUUGCACUGAAAAACACUACCUGGUCGCAAAGGGUUGCGUUGUCUUUUUGCGGUCUUUGGUGGGCAGUCUUCACGAUCCCUGCUGCCAUGUGGCUCCGCCCUCGGCCAGGUCCACCAAUGCCCAUCACGUCGGGCAAAGGAAUCCGAGCUUGGCCAACUUAUGUGGCUAUGGCCUGGAAAUCGUUAUUCAACACUGUCCGGCUUGCUCGUCGCCUACGAGACAUCGUUCUGUUCUUAUGCGCAUGGUUUUUGGUCAGUGAUGCGAUUGCAACGACAUCUUCCACGGCCAUAUUAUUCGCCAAAACGCAACUCCACAUGAAGCCUUGGGCUUUGGGUAUGAUCAAUGUGAUCUCCACUAUAGCUGGUGUUAUCGGUGCCUUCAGCUGGGCUUUCAUCUCACGCAAGUUCCACUUGAAGCCACAUCAGACAAUCCUUGUCUGUAUCGGCCUCUUCGAGCUCAUUCCGAUUUACGGACUUCUCGGAUAUUUGCCGAUUGUGCAGAGAUGGGGCGUGAUCGGACUGCAGCAACCGUGGGAAAUGUAUCCUCUAGCUGCUGUGUACGGGCUGGUGUUGGGAGGUUUGAGUUCAUAUUGCAGAUCGCUGUACGGCGAGUUGAUCCCCGAGGGAAGUGAAGCUGCCUUUUACGCUCUAUACGCUGCAUCCGACAAAGGUUCGAGUGUUUUUGGGCCUGCGAUUGUCGGAGCCAUCAUUGAUCAGUCUGGUGAUAUCCGGCCGGCGUUUUGGUUCUUGGCGGCAUUGGUUGGGCUUCCGGCGCCUCUCAUCUGGAGCGUGAACGUGGAGCGUGGCAAGCGGGAGGGCCAGAAACUUGCAGAGACUAUUGAGGGAUUCAAGAGUCUACAGGCCGAAACCGGCAGCGAGACAGAGGACAGCGACGAUCGUCCGAUUCUCAGUGCCUAUGACGAUGAGGAGGAAGAAGUCGAACACGAGCAUAACCGGACCAGGGGUAACUGAGCCCCCAUCACCGAACAUAUCUGCAUAGCAACGGCGUAGGUAAAUCAAGUUAGCGAUAUUGUAUGUUUUACUCAAAAGCGCCAAGUAAUGAACAGUCGACUUUGUCGUUGAUUCUGUUGUCGUCUCUACCGC